AUGCAGACAUCUAAAUCGCGAACAAUCACUUUACUAACAUUUUUGAUCAUACUUAUUUUAAUAAUCAGUUAUUGGGAAUUAGCACAAGCACGAAGCUCAAAGUCAUCAAGUAAAACAGUAGUAAAACAUAAUACUGUUCACAAAACUGUACAAAAACACCCUAAUAAGCCACCAACCAAAGUUCCUCAACGUAAUUCAAAACAACCAGCAACUAAAAAAUAUAAUUCCACCUAUAAUCCUCCACAAAUUAAACGACCAUUAAAUCCUAUUAAAAGGCAAAUUAGGGGGAAUAUGAUUCGAGAAGAAUUUCAAUCAUUGGAUACAUAUCCUAAUAUUUAUAGACCAUUAGAAAGAUUAAAUAAUUAUCAACAAGAUAAUAAUAAUUAUCAAUUCUUUGAUAAGGUACCAAUGAAUGAACAAAAUGGAUACAUAUCACAACUUGGAGAUUAA